AUGGUUAGGAAGCCAUUUGCAAUUCGUGAUUACCCACCUGGGAUAGGACGGAAUACAGCAAGAAUCCAUGUUACUCCUAGAGAAGGUACUGCAAAGGUUGUACUUUUUGAGAAGGAUGGUGAAGUUAAUCCUCGAUACUCUAAGUUCUUGAGUUCAACUCCUAUUGAGACAACUGAGAAAAUGUCGAUGGGUCCUGAAUUGUCUCCAUAUGUGAAAACGGCCAGUUCGAGUGAUUAUUCACAGAACGCUGCAACUAGAAGAUUUAUUUCAGCCAUUAGAGACUAUCCUCCAUUUUGUGGACCUAAUUCUCUGAGUCUGAGUAAGGGCGAUGUUUCCAAGGGCAAGCUCAUGGACAGGCAUUUGAGUGGUGCUACAGAAGAAAAGAAGAGAAAACUUGAUUGCCUCACAGGGGGUGAUGGGUCUAAAGCUGUGUUGAGGACUAAAGACUCUCUGAAUCAUUCCAAGAUAAAGGUUUUGAAAAAGAAAGAAGGACAUGCUGCUCCUGGUGGUAUGGCUACACUUGCGGUUUUAGGAAAAAAUUGUCUUGAUAACAAUUAUGGUAGAAAAUUUUCUGAUGGCCAUAGAUCAUAUGGUGUAAAUGUUCCACUUCUGCAUCGUCGUAAUUUGAGUAUUCGCAACAAUGACGCAACUGUGACACGAAAUACUGUAAGAGAGACACUGCGCUUGUUUCAAGCUCUUUGUAGGAAAUUGUUGCAAAAACUAGAAGCAGAGUCAAAAGGCCAAGCAAAAGUUCGUAAGAGGGUUGAUUCAGAUGCAGCAAAGAUCCUCAGAUAUGAAGGAAAAUAUGUGAAUGCAGGCAAGCAGAUCUUUGGUCCUGUCCCUGGGGUUGAAGUAGGUGACGAAUUUGAUUAUAGGGUGGAGCUUAAUAUUGUUGGUCUCCAUCGCCAAACACAAGCUGGCAUAGAUUUUGCGAAGAUCAACGGUGAGCACCUUGCAACUAGUAUUGUUGCAUCUGGGGGAUACCAUGACGAGUUGGAUAACUCAGGUGUUUUGAUUUAUUCAGGGCAAGGAGGGAAUGUGAUGUGCAGUAAGAAACAACCUGAAGACCAGAAGCUUGAGAGGGGUAAUCUUGCUUUGAAGAACAGUAGCAAGAAAAAGAACCCUGUUAGAGUGAUACGUGGUGCUUUCUUUGAAGACGGAAAUCAUAGGAGAUUUGUGUAUGAUGGAUUGUAUGAAGUCGAGGCAUAUUGGCAAGAAAUGGGGCCACAUGGCAAGAUGGUUUUCAAGUUUCAGCUGCGAAGAAUCCCAAAUCAACCAGAGCUUCCUUGGAUUGAACUGAAGAAAUCCAACAUGUUCACAUUAAAGAAAGGCCAGUGUGCUGUUGACAUCUCACAUGGUAAAGAGGAAUUACCAAUUCGUGCUGUGAAUACCAUAGAUAAUGAAAAACCUCCAUCAUUUGAAUAUAUUACUCGGAUGAUCUAUCCUAAUUGGUUGCAUCUGACACCUGCUAAGGGAUGUAACUGUACAGACAGAUGCUCUGACCCGACAAGAUGUUCUUGUGCUGUUAAAAAUGGAGGAAUCCCAUUCAAUCACACAGGUUGUAUUGUAGAAGUAAAGCCUCUGGUGUAUGAGUGUGGCCCUUCUUGCAAAUGCCCUCCAGAUUGCUAUAACAGAGUCAGCCAACGUGGAAUAAAAUUGCCACUUGAAAUUUAUAAAACUGACAAAAGGGGAUGGGGUGUGAGAUCUCUACGCUCCAUUCCUUCUGGCAGUUUUGUAUGCGAAUACAUAGGAGAGUUGCUUGAAGACAAGGUAGCUGAACAAAGAACUGGUCAUGAUGAGUAUCUUUUUGAUAUAGUCUCUGAGGAUGGCAGCGGCUUCACCAUUGAUGCAGCUCGGUGUGGUAAUCUGGGCAGAUUUUUCAACCAUAGUUGCGCCCCCAAUAUGUAUGCACAAAAUGUUCUUUUUGAUCAUGGCGACUGCAGGAUUCCCCACAUAAUGCUGUUUGCUGCUGAGAACAUUCCUCCAUUAAAAGAGCUGACUUAUGAUUACAAUUACUCAAAAGAUCUAAUCCUCGAUUCGGAUGGCAACAUAAAGAAGAAGGAUUGCUUUUGUGGCUCCGUGGGUUGUACUGGAAGGAUGUAUUGA